CAUUCACAGUUUGUCAUAUUGUCACAGUGAAGAAAACCACACUUUAUAUUCUGGAUGGAAUGCACCACUAGCCAAGCCCUAUGGUCAAGCAAAUUGAUCACAUAGUUAAAUAGUGCUGACACUACAUAAUGUUGAGACUGUCCGUCCAAGAUCCAAUGUCUGUCGAGUGACACAAAGAUACUGAAUGCAUGAAACAGUCAUUGAAAUAAUGUCCACCCCCCUCUCAUAUUUGAUAUAUUGUAACUAGGAUGGCAAAACUGAUAAACAAAUAGAUCAAAUUUUCACCCAUUUUUCUUGCUCUGCAGACCAGGCUGAGACUAUGAGAGACUAGGUAUAUGUCAACACAAUAACUGAUACAGUGUUGAAGCAUCAAGUUGACCCUAGCUUGCUGGUCUUUCCUAGCCCCUGGGCACUGUGAUGAUAUUUAUGGACAGCAUUCCAUGUGGCAGGUUGUGAUACAGAGUAGUAAUAGCUUAUCACUGUUUAAACUAGGGUAGGACAGGUCGGACAAAUACAUCACAGUGAAUCACCAGUGUGUUAUGGCUAAAGGUAUCUAGAGCAAAUGAGAGCAAGGUAAUUUAGCACCCUGUAGUCAUGUUUAGUUUCCGCAAGAAAGACAAGGAGAAAGACAAGGAAGAGAAGGAAAGAAAAAAGAGGGAGAAAAAAGAAAAGAAGGAACUGAAAAAGAAACAUGAAAAAGAAAAAGAACCAAUGACCCAAGAGGAAUUAGAAAGACUAGAAGAUGUAAAGAAAGGAUUAUUUCGUAGGACAAGUGAUAAAAGGUCCUCAAAACAUGCUCAAGAGGAGAGCCAUAGGGGUGCCCCAAUGAAAGAGAGGGAGUCCCCACAGGGAACAAGUGACAGCAACUCCAGUCUUAGCUCGGCUGGCAGGUCGAGUUUCACUGAAAAAGAUGCAGGAGGAAUUAGUCCAAGAAAUGGAGAACCCCCAAAGAAACACCCAAAAAUUCCACCAAAAGUUCCACAUAAGCCAGCAAAGGGUAUCCUGAAAGGAAAAUCCAGCUAUGGGCCAGAAAUCCCAAAUCACGGUGUCACUGGUAAACCAGACGACUCUCUAACUGUGACUUCCAACACUAUAUAUAAUCUGCAAAUGUCAGGGCAGUUGCCAAAGAAAGGGGUGACCGAGGAAAAAAUCGAACCAACUUAUGAAAAUUGCAACCUGGCUGCAGCUGCUCUUCCAAAAGGCAGACACCAUGACGAGGUGGACUCCGCCAUUCCUCCAACUAUCCAGGAGGAGCCACAGAUCAACAGCAGGGAGAAGUCUUAUGAUAUUGACUUGAGACUUCCCGCCCUGAGUCCCCCUAAGCCACCACGUGUGAGGGAGGUGGUGCUCAAAAGACAGCCCGCUGGAGACUUUGGUUUCACCCUGCGGCGCGGGACCAUGCUACUCAGGGGGUUUGGGGACCCUGGAACACCCCUGAAGAAAAAUGUCAUCUUUGCCGAGCCAGGGGGGAAACAUGCCCACACAGGUUUACUCCCCGGGGACCGCCUGGUGCAAGUGAAUGGAGUAAAUGUGGAGGAUGCCAGUCGAGAGGAGAUAAUUGAUAUGAUCAAGAAGUCAGGAGAUGCCGUGGUGCUCCAUGUGCAGCCCAUCCCUGAGCUGAGCGAGCUGAGCCGGAGAUCAGGGCUUGAUGGAGUGGAUGUCAACCUCGGGGACAAGAAUGUGAAAGCUGGCAGUCUGCAGAGGAGUGGGAGUGUGCGGUAUAAGAAAACCACAGUAAGUACUACAGUUUUUGAUUGGUUUACUGAAGACAUUCCUGGCUUGAUUGCUUUGUAA